GUAUUGCGCUUGUUGUUAGCCACUGUUGAGCUUAUGGAAAUUAGCUGGCUGUCGUUUCAGUACGAUUUGGACGGUUAAGCGUAACGCAAGUGCAGCUGUGAUAACGCCGUUGACGUCGGAAUAGUGAAGAAUUGGUGUUUUUGAGUUGUGUAUUCGAUUUCUCGUGCGAACAAACAAAAACAAUAAAAAGCCUUGACAACAAAGCGGCAGCUUUGAACGAAACAGCAACAGCAACAGCAACAAUAGUGACAGCAGCAGCGCAGCACAACAGGUGAUAGAGCAGUGAAAAAAAAACGUGUUGGCAGUUACUCACAUAGAACUAACUACGACAACAAACAUAGUCGCUGUAGCAAAAGUAAAGCAAAACCAACCCAUACUCGUCCAUCAACCAAAUACACAUGUCACUGAAGUGAUAUUUUGGCAUAAAUACAUAUAUAUUUCUUUGAUUUAGAAACGCGAGCAAUCAGCAAAUCAAGUGCCUAUGACUGCGAAAUUGUAAUUGCGCAUUUUUUUAAUUCACAAAAACACUAAUUUGUUUAUUCGCAAGAAAGCAUAAACAAAUUAGUAACAAAGCAGUCAGGACAACCCCUCAGCAAGGGCAACAGCUGACGGACAACUUUUUAACAAAAACCAACAAAUAAAGCUCAAACAAAAUGUUGAUAACAGCCUCCAGCGAACCCGCCAUGGCCACAAACAAUGAUGGCGGAACAGCAGCACAAUGGAAUCGGAACUCACAGGCUGCCGUGUCGGUGCGACACGCCUUCAAGACCUACGGCAAGAAGAAGAAUGCCAUUCCGGUGUUGAAUAAUCUAAUGAUGACCGUACCAAAGGGCACAAUCUACGGUCUAUUGGGCGCCUCAGGUUGUGGCAAGACCACAUUACUUUCGUGCAUUGUCGGUCGACGUCGCCUGGAUUCGGGUGAGAUCUUCGUGCUCGGCGGCAAACCAGGCACACGCGGUUCGGGCGUGCCCGGCAAACGCGUCGGCUACAUGCCACAAGAGAUCGCCUUAUACGGCGAAUUCUCUAUACGCGAAACAAUGAUGUAUUUCGGCUGGAUAUUCGGUAUGGGCACCAAAGAGAUAAUGGAGCGUCUACAGUUCCUUUUGAAUUUCCUCGAUUUGCCUUCGGAGAAGCGUUUGGUGAAGAAUUUGAGUGGUGGUCAACAGCGACGUGUCUCCUUCGCUGUGGCAUUGAUGCACGAUCCCGAAUUGCUGAUUUUAGAUGAACCCACAGUGGGUGUGGAUCCGUUGUUGCGCCAGAGUAUUUGGAAUCACUUGGUGCAUAUCACAAAGGCUGGCCAAAAGACAGUCAUCAUCACAACACAUUACAUUGAGGAGGCGCGUCAGGCACACACGAUCGGUCUUAUGCGUUCAGGUCAUCUGCUGGCCGAGGAGUCACCAAGCGUUUUGCUGUCCAUGUACAAAUGCAUCAGUCUAGAGGAAGUCUUCCUCAAGUUGUCGCGCAUGCAAAGCCAGAAGGGUGAAAUCUCGAAUGUGAACUUUAGUAAUAAUAUCUCAUUACAUGCCAUGGCAUUCGGCAGUAAAAUGGAUAAGCCCAGCUCGAGUCAAGAAGGCGGUGUUGUCGGACUGAACUUCCAUCAGAGCAAAGAAGUGCUGAUCAACGAAUCGAAUGGAUCUGUCUUUACGUUAAAUCAAGAACCCUACGAUCCGCCACAAAUAAAACGCAACAAACCCAAUGAUGAAGAGAGCUGUCAGGAUUGCUGCGCCAACUUGUGUAAGGUUACAACUAAGGGCAAAAUGAAGGCAUUGCUGACCAAGAACUUCCUGCGUAUGUGGCGUAAUGUCGGCGUUAUGCUGUUCAUUUUCGCUUUACCCGUUAUGCAGGUGAUACUCUUCUGUUUGGCAAUUGGACGUGACCCGACUGGCUUGAAUUUGGCUAUCGUCAACAGCGAAAUGAACAACACAAACAUCUGUCAUUGGGAGGACUCUUGCCACUUCACGAAUCUCGGCUGUCGCUAUUUGAGCCAUCUGAAUGACACCAUGGAAAAGACAUACUACACGGACUUGGAGGAGGCCAAAGAUGCGGUACGUGUGGGCAAAGCUUGGGGUGUGCUUUACAUAACGGAGAACUUUACGGACGCUUUUGUGGCGCGUGUGGCAUUGGGACGUGACGCGGAUGAUGAGACCAUUGAUCAGUCGGAAAUCAGAGUGUGGCUCGACAUGUCAAAUCAGCAAAUCGGUAUUAUGCUGAAUCGUGACAUACAGCUGGCCUAUCGUGCUUUCGCCAUGGACUUACUGGAUCAAUGCGGCAACAAUCCGAAGCUCGGCGAUGUGCCAAUACAAUUCAGAGAACCCAUUUAUGGCACAAUGAAUCCAUCAUUCACAGAUUUCGUUGCGCCCGGCGUGAUAUUGACCAUUGUGUUCUUCUUGGCUGUUGCAUUGACGUCAUCCGCUUUAAUCAUCGAACGCACUGAGGGUUUACUUGAUCGCUCUUGGGUCGCCGGCGUCUCACCCAGUGAGAUCCUCUUCUCGCACGUCAUCACACAAUUCGUCGUCAUGUGUGGCCAAACAACGCUCGUACUUAUCUUCAUGUUGGUCGUCUUCGGUGUAACAAAUAAUGGCGAACUCUUCUGGGUGAUCGUGCUGACACUGUUGCAGGGUAUGUGCGGCAUGUGCUUUGGCUUCCUCAUCUCAUCGGUAUGUGAGUUGGAACGUAACGCCAUACAAUUGGCGUUGGGCUCAUUCUAUCCAACAUUGCUGUUAUCGGGCGUCAUUUGGCCCAUCGAAGGCAUGCCUAUCGUGCUGCGAUACAUUUCGCUUUGCCUGCCGCUAACGCUCGCUACUACAUCGCUGCGCUCGAUUUUGACGCGCGGCUGGCAGAUCACCGAGAUGGCUGUGUAUUCCGGCUUCCUGAGCACGCUCGCGUGGAUCGUCGGCUUCCUGAUACUGACGCUGUUGGUGCUGCAAGCGAAACGUGGAUAAAAACACUGCGGGUUUUUGCAACAGCAAAUUGGGAACAACAAAUUAAUUUAAUAUCUAUUAUUUUUUUUUUUAUCAAUUAACUUACGAUACUAGAAAUUGUACAGAAAUGAAAUUAAGAGCAAAGAAAAACAAAAUUGGAUUGCUUAAUGAAUCCAAAACUGUAUCUAUGUAUAUAUGUAUGUACAUUCAUAUGGUUGGCAGAUCGCACAAGAGAUCUUGUGGAAAGGGAAAAGUGUCGAUCGCAUUGUAGCUGAGUUUUUAGUUGUAGAGAGUAAAUAUUAAUUAAAGAAAAAACAACAACAAAGAAAAAUAUAUGUAUAAAUACAAAAACAACAACAAUUGUUUAAGGUGUCUUGUCCUAAUGUUAGCAUUAAUUCAUAUUAAGCAUACUGUCUAGUUUAUUUCGCACAUACAUAUACACACACACGCGCAAAAAAUCAAAAGCGGAGAUAAACAGAAGAGCUACAAAGUUCAAAUUACAGACAAAGUGUGAGAAAAAGCACGCAGUGUAAUUUGAGGAAAUUUUAAAAGUUUUUUUAAUUAAAAAAUUAAAGAAAUUAAUUUUAAAAGUUUAGAAAAUGAAAAAAAAAAUUAAAAUAAAAUUAAAAAUUUUUUUUUUUCACAUUCUUGAAUUCCGGUAAAUAUUUAUUUUUCAAAAUUUAAAGAAAUUAAAAAAAUUUAAAAAUUAAAAAAAAAUUUCACAUUCCCGAAUUUCGGUAAAUACUUAUUUGUGAAAGUUUAAAGAAAUUAAAAAAAAAAUUUUCACAUUCUCGAAUUUCGAUAAAUAUUUAUUUUUAAAAAUUUAAAGAAAUUAAAAAAUAAAAAAAAAUUUAAAAAAUUAAUUUCUUUAAUUAAACAAAUUUAAAAUUUAUUUCACAUUCUCGAAUUUCGAUAAAUAUUUAUUUUUAAAAUUUUAAAGAAAUUAAAAAAUUAAAAAAUAAUUUAAAAAAUUAAUUUCUUUAAUUAAACAAAUUUAAAAUUUUUUUUCACAUUCUCGAAUUUCGAUAAAUAUUUAUUUUUAAAAUUUUAAAGAAAUUAAAAUAUUUAAGAAAAUUUUAAAUUAAUUUCUUUAAUUAAACAAAUUUAAAAAAAUAUUUUUUUUUCAUAUUCUCGAACUUCGAUAAAUAUUUAUUUUUAAAAAUUUAAAAAAAUCAAAGAAUUAAAAAAAAAUUAAAAAAUUAAUUUCUAUAAUUAAAAAAAUUAAAUUUUUUUCACUUUUUCGAAUUUCGGUUAACGGCAAACCAUACUAAAAUUGUACUCAAACUGGCAACGCUUUCACAAAUAUUUAAGCUUUUCGGUAAAGCUUUCGCCCAACAUGACUCAUGUUUGCCAGCAAAGCGAAUAAGCGCUUAGCGCACUUGUUGGCGCAUGCGCAGGCGUUUAUACACUCCGAACACACAGUUGUUGGUGUGUGCGUGUGCAGGAUUUUCCUAGUUUAUUGGUUAUUUUCUUCACUAAAAAUGUAUUUUUUUGUUUUUACAAAAUAUUCUAAUUUAAUUUAGGAAUGAUUUAAGGUUUAGGUUGUAUUAAUAAUAAUUAUUACGUUUAUCUUCUUCUUAAUUUAAGCCAAGUUUUAUAACUUCCUUUGUAAAUAAUUGUGUAUGCAAUUUACCAAAAUGUAAGCUUCUAAGUAAAAACAGAAAAAAACUGUAAAGAAGGCAUUAUUGUAAUACACAAAAGCGAAAACAAUAACAACAAUAAGAGCAAAAAACAAAAAAUCAGAAAUAAUAUAAUAACAACAACAACGAAUUAGUCGGAAUAUAGCUUAUUUCUCCACUUACUCUUUCACGCACUCUCUUAUAAGCUGCUAUCACACGCUCUCUUAUGCGCGCUCGCUCUAACUCACUCUCAAACUAACUUUCUCUCACUCGCGCUUACUUACUCUCUCACUUCGACACUACUCUCGCUUAUUAUUUGGUUGAAAUACCUUCCGCCUACUCAUAUGUAACUUUCGUCGGCACUCGUGUCGCCCGAACGAUUUACUUGCUUAAUCUCUUUAUGAAACGAACUUCGAACUUAGACUUUCGCAUUGCUGUCCAAUUUUCUAUAAAUAUUAAUUUUAUUUUUCACAUUUUUUCGAGUCUUUUCGCUAACAUUAUCUAACACAAAAGGACUGUGAUUAUAUUAAUUUCCUUGAAUUUUUUUGUAAAAAAGAAAAGAAAUAUGUAAUGAAAUUAUAUAAUAAAUACUUAAUUACUGUUAUUGGUUUCUGAAUUCUUUGGCGCCUGACAUAUGUUUGCAAGCAAAAAAUGCAUUCAUGUUUGCACAUAUGAUUACAUAGCAAUACUAUACAAGUACAUUUUUAAAUACCUAUGUAAUUAAACACAAUUACUUAUAUAUAAAUAUAUAUGUAAAAUGUAUAGUUUAUCUUGUAUGUUUGUAUGUGAAAGUCAAAUAAAAUAAUUUAAAAUAAAAAUUUAAUAAUUUAAAAUGA